AUGUCUGCGGCCAAGCUUGAGAAGAAGAUCUGGACCUUGGAGCAGAGGCUCCGUGAGGAGUUCCGUGUGGAACUGCAGAGGGCGCUAGGGCAGUGCCUCGCGAGAGUGCAACACCUCGAGACGGAGGUGCUGCUACUCCGAGGAGAGAAGCCCGUGAGGUUGAAACAGGCUCCAUACGACUGCAUCUGGGGCGUUUCUGUGGAUGUCGGAGAUGCGGAGCUGCCGGGAGGCAUCGUCGAAAAGCCCGUGGCAGACGUCGUGCCCGUUGGCCGUCCCAGCGGAUCGGCCUGGUCUGAGUUUUCGCCGAAAUGGGAAAGUCCCCAGGGAGAGGAUCCGGAAGAUGAGUGUGUGGCCUGGGUCCCGUUGGAACCUGUGGCUUUCUUGGAGUCAACAUGGAACCUUGUAUUGGUCAUGGGCUUCACGGAUGCUGGCUGGCUGGACAUCAUCAUUGCUUGCCUGCUGUUGAUUGUCAGCGGGGGCUUGCAAAUUGCGUUCAGCAUAAUUCUGCUGUCGCCCGACUUCCUUGGAGAGCCGUUUGAAAGCCACAUCCAGAAUGUGGAGAAGUGGAGGGUUGGUGUUGCCCACGAUUACAGGCACAUGGACUUGGCGCAGACCAGCUUGGUAUCGCGCGUCUGCAACAAGGACGUCUCCCUCAUCGUGUCGACAAGUCAAGCGACCCUCCUUGACGAGAUCGAUACUUUCCUCGGCCUGCUGAAGCCGUUCAAUGUGAGUCUUGGAAUCCUUCUCUGCAUGCUCUGCAUUCUCAUGUGGUGCCUCUACCUGUGCAAUGAGUUUCGAGCCAUCGGCUUGUCUCUCGAGGCAGUAUUACAGAUUCCACGGCGUGCAUACACGACCUUUGAUCACGGACGCUUUGCCACAAUUUCGUACCUUCGCUUCGCGCUCUACUGCCUGGCCCGGAUUACGCGGGGAGUGAUCGCUGGCCUCCUGCUUUAUGCUGGGAUUCUUUGGCUUGCAAAUACCACGUCGAUCACCGAUCUGAUGCUGAACGCAGUGGCCUUGGGGGCUGUUCUGGAUGUCGAUGAGAUGUUUUUCGCGGCACUGAUGCCGAAGAAGAUUCAGAUAAAAAUUCAAGACCUGGAGGCCAUCAAGAUCAAUUACACCCGCAGGAGGAGCCAAAUCGAGGCAGUGUUGCUGCUUCUCAUCAUGUGCGGACUGAUGUUGUGGCCUUGGUUCUACUUGGUAGAGCCGCUUGCCAACCACAUGUUGGAGGUGAAUGCCACCCUAUGUGGUGGGAACCAGGAUUUCGUUGUCGGAAUCAACUCUAAUCAAGGCAUUACCAUUGGUCGAGAGACCACGAACUUUGGCGCGGACCGGAAUGUCAGUUUAAUCGAGAUUGCAGUCAGGGACCUGGCCUUUCGAGGGGACGACUCCUUGUCUUCCAACUACGUCCUGAUAUCGCAGGUUGCAAGGGAUUUUGAGAUCAAGCGAACUGAGCUCAUGUCUGCAGCCGCGGCUCGCAUCAUGCACUGUACUGACUUUGACCAAUACUAUAUUCACGGACAGCCAAAUGCGGGUAACUACGAACCUUACUGGUGGAACACAGCGCCUGGGCUCGGCUUCCCACAGAACAGUACCUGUGAGGACAUGAAAGAGCACUGCGACGAUGAGAAUGGAGAGCUGUUGCGCUUGAGCUGCGGCGUCACAUGUGGGUGCGCCGAACCAGUUACGAACCCCUGGUUCCGCGUGUAG